CGGAAGUGGGCGAUGUAAACAAUGUAAACACAAAGCGGCUUCGACUGCUCUGUAGCAGCCAGGCAGCGCAAGUUAGCGUCCUAUAUGCGCUUACUCUAAUAUAUCCAGUUUAAUUGUUCAUCUCAUCUUGUUAAAUAGUCGGUGACAUUUAGUAAAACACAUAUGUGAGUGAAUAUGGGUGUAAAGGGCUUACAGUAUUUCAUGGAGGUAUGCCAUCCAGAUACCUCUGUGUCUGUUGACCUGAAACAGAUGGCACUGAAUCACAGCAAAGCCUAUCCUGACAGCAAUGCUACACUUGUAGUGGAUGGAAUGGGUUGUUUGAGAUACUGGUACCGCUGUCAAGCUUGGGUCCACGGCGGUCAGUGGCAAGAGUACAUACACAUCCUGGAGGAAUUUAUCACUGCGUUUACAGCCGCAGGUAUACGCUUAGUCUUUAUCUUUGAUGGCACGAUUGAGGAAGAGAAACGGGCCGAAUGGGUGAAGAGGCGUCUGAGAGUCAACCAGGACAUAGCAAAAAUAUUUCAGCACAUUAAAAGUCACAAUCAGCAGCCAAACAGCAGAGAUCUCUUCUGCCUUCCCUCUGGAAUUGCAACCUUCUCUAGAUUUGCCCUCAAAAAUCUCGGCCAAGAAACAUGGUGCUCAGUCCGUGAAGGAGAUUAUGAGAUUGCUGACUAUGCCCUCUCUCACAACUGCAUGGGAAUCCUGGGUCAAGAUACAGAUUUUGUUAUCUACAACACAGUCCCAUACAUGUCUAUUAGUAAACUCAAUCUAAGCAGUAUGACAACAGUGUUGUUCUCCAGAGAGAGGUUAUGCCAGGUCCUAAAGCUUCAUAUGACCGACCUGCCUCUCUUGGCCUGUAUGGUAGGUAACGAUAUAGUGUCUGAGCAGCAAAUGCAGCGUCUCCGGAAUAUUGCUUUGGCAUCGUAUAGAAAGAAACACAGGCAGGUUCAGGGAGGCAAGAUCUAUGCUGUUGCAGAUUUCAUCAAUGCUUAUCACCCCAGUGAGGGAGCAUUUGGACUUUCGUUUCUUCCAAUACACGGCAGUGAGAAAGAGAUUUUAGAAAAAGGAAUGCGCACAUAUCUGCUACCUGGACAAACAUCCCCUUGGUUAAAGUGCAGUCCCACCAUUCCGGAGUCAGUGUGCUUGAUGGAGAAGUUCAUACCCCGGGAUAUAUUACAGGCAGCUAAAGAGAAGCACAUCCAUGCCGAGUGUCACAUGGUUUUUAAUGUGUUAUAUGAUGGAGUCGUGGAUUGCAGUAACACAUUGGAAGAUGAGGAUGAAGUUGAGUUACCACCACAGGCCAUCUUAUAUCUGUCUGUGAGGGAACGCAUCUACGGCUUGUUGCUGCCGGCACAGCCAGAUUGUUCCAGUAACAGUUUCUCAGUCAAGGAAUGGUUUGUCUUCCCCGGAAAUCCUCUCAAGGAACCAGUUAAAGUCACUCCAAAGCCUCCCAGCCAUCGAGAAGAGCCCCCUGAUCUAAUGGCUCUGUGGUUCAGGACGGAUCCAGAGGUGAAAAGAGUUCAAGUAUCAACACUGCUGGGUGUCUUUGACCUGCACGACUUCACUGAAGACCUUCAGCAGUUUGACGCUCCUUUGAUUGCUGUGAUUUGUCUUGUAACCUACAUCGCCACUCGGGCGAGACACCUUUCUCUGGAAGACAUAGAUGCAUAUCUAAGCCAAGCUGUUUGUGUCAGAUUCAAGUCCUUCACAGAAAUGCAACAGAUCGAGACCCCUGUUGUUGAUCCCAGAGCCGUCCAGCUCGGCUCUCUCUUUGUGCGAGGUCUGACUUACCUCAUCGCAGCCAACAGCGCUUGCGGUUUACCUUUUAAAAUGGAUGAACUGAUGCCAUGGAAGACCUUUGAUGGCCUGCUCUUCCAUUCUAAAUAUCUGCAAUCCAACUCAGGCUUUUCGAAUGAGAAACUUCUGGAGGGCAAACCAUCCUGGAUGUCUUUGUUCGUGUCCAUUCGAGCUGUGGUACUGGAAGCCUGCAGGAGGCGCGGCACCUCCAUCCACAGCCAACCAGGCAGACUACAGGACAGCCAGGAGAGGCCUAUGAAUGUUGAUGAUCUGCGUGGAGAAAGACGACCCCAGCAUCAAGCUGCCGCACGUCUGGAGUUCAGCCAGCAGCCUGGAGGUCCCGCACGCUACCAGCAAGGUUAUAGGUCAAGACCAAGACAUUCAAAUAGAGGAAGGUAUCAUCUGGCACCAAGAUGGCCUCAAUCUCAAAACUAAAUAACUGCUUUCCAGUGGCUGCUGUCGUGAGUAACUAUCUUCAUGUAUAAACAGCUAUGGAAACAGUCAUCUACGGGGAAAAAAAAUCUUAUGAAGUCAUUCAUGUUACAUCAUUCGCUAUGAUGGACCUAUGGUUUUUAACAGUUUACACCUAAACAUCACCUUUCCUCAAUAAUAACCCAUUUAUUUAAUUGAAUUAUGCUGUAUAGUCUUCUUUCUCCUCAUGUGUGCGGAUGAUAUGAAUCAGCAUCCUAAAACUAUGUACCAAACCCAUCCAUGCUUUCCUGUAGCUCAGUGGUUAGAUCGUGGCGCUAGUAACCCCAAGCUCAUGGGUUCGACCCCAGGGAUUGCACAUACUCAGAAACAAAUGUAUAGUAUAAUGCAAUGUAAGUCGCUUUGGAUAAAAGUGUCUGCCAAAUGAAUAAAUGUAAAUGUAAAAUCGUGAUAAACAUUCAUCCAGACCCUAUUGAGUCUCAGAUGAUCUCCUACAUUUCAACUGUGGUUUGGUGUCGACUCCAGUUGAACACAAUUUGAAAGUCUAUUCGUCUGCCUCAACAGAUUAUUUAAGUGAUAGUCAAUAAGAUGUGCAUUAAUGUAACAUGUGUUUGUGUCAGAACAGUGGAGAUGACUGGAGAAUAUUGUGGGUUUGGCAUCUUGUGAUCAAAAUGUUCCUAUGAUAAACGUGAUUGUAUUGAUAUUUAGUCAAUCUGUCAUAAAUAACUUCAUUCUUUCGUCAGUCAGUGUCUCGUUUCAUAUAAAAACACCUUGAUCAGCUUAGACUCUUUCCUAUAAUGAUAACAUAAUUGUGAAACGUGUAAUGAAUGUAUCUUAUUAUAUGUUCAGCACUUUUAUUAGUAUGAUGUCGAGUCGUUCUUCUCUGUACCUAUAUGGCCAUAUGUUCCUAUGUUGGGUAUUGUUAAAGAGCGGAAAUAGGAUAUGGAGAAAGCUCCACAGCUUAAGUGGUCGAAUCACAGCUCUUCCCCUUAUCUACAAAGAAUGAAUAACAGUGAUAGAUAAACACAUGAAUUGGCUUGGGAUGCCAGCAUAGAGUAUAAGCAUAGCAGGAAAUAGACAAAAGAUUUAUUCAAAAUAAGAGCAGAAUAAUAUUUACACCAAUAACAUGCAGCAUUUAUAUUAAAUAAAAACAGUUUUAACCAUCUUUUUUUUGUGUAUUAGCAAUUUGUGGCCAAGCUUAACUUCAGUCUGCUCAGGCACAUACUAUAGAACUUAACCAGUUGAUUAUGAUUGGCUAAUUUCAAAUGAAUUGUUAUCAAUACAAUUUUAUUCUAACAGUGCUUCUCACAAAAAAAUAUUUUCACGCUGAAGAACAAUGUGUCAAUCAUAAAUGACACUACGACUAAUAAUUGUCAUUAAAUGACAUUCAGCUAAUCAGUUGCAUAAUACAUUAAAGUAAGAAAUAUAUGUGUUUUAAUAGCUGUCAAUAAGUCCACCAAUGAGCAGCCAAAUGUGACUGUGGAAAACAUCAAAACUCCGAAAGGCGUUAAAGUUGAGAAAAAUCAUUUAAAGAAACCAGGCCAGUGUUCUUCUCAAAUUAAAUAGUUAGUGCUUACUAAAUCUAUAAUACUGUACAAAUUAACCCAGCCUUUGAAUUGAAUCUUUAGUUCUAUAGAUCUUAUGCUUUAUCAAAAUACUAUGAAUAUCAAAGCUUCACUGUAAAACAUUUUUUUACAGAAAUACAUUUCAGGUAUAAUGUAAAUGUAUAAUUUUUUUUUUUUACAGAUUUUUCACAUAUUUGUUGAAUACUGUAAAAAAGAAAGCGCCAAAUUACAGAAAAAGACUGCAAAUUUUCAAGAAAAACAUGUCAAAACUGUCAUUUUACGUUUUUUCGAGUGACCAGCUGCCGGAAAAUUAGUUUCUUUUAUUCGAUUUUUUAAAGUUUGACAUCUGGGAUAUAUUAUCAACAAAAUUCCCUACCUGUUCUCAUCAAUCUGUGUAUUAUUUAUAGCCAAUUGAUGUAAUGGGUUGAAAUUGCCAUUACCUUUUGGAGAGUGUUUACAAAACUAUUAGAGUAUCUGGUCGCAAUAAUGUAUAUUUAAAUGUUUGCUGUGUACAUUAAAAAGUGUAUUGCCAAAUAAGCGCUAGAUGAUUCAUUAAAGGGGUGAUGAAACGGUGUCUCAUACAUUAUUAGUUAUUUACAAUGUUAAAAGCUGUCUUCUCUUGCUUGACAUGGUCAACUUGUCAAAAAACGAUUGUGACAUAUGACGUAGUAUUUCUGUGCCCGAUACACGCCCCCAGGGUUUCUUAUAGGUUUCAGAAUAUAUUUUUUGAACAUGAAAAUCUGUUUCGUAACGACUUUUCUUAGUCCCUUAUUGGACAAUUCUCCCAGAAAAGCACACCCACCGCAAGGGGAAAGAAAUAGCCCCCCCACGCGUCACCGACGAGCGAUAAAAGACCCGCUUACCAUCAAGAUUGGCUGCGCUGUGUCAAGAUUGGCAAAGCUGGAGCUGGUUACUCUUGCCAUAGUGAGAGAAGUUGAGAUGUGUUUGUUUGCCCACGGCAUUUAAGAGUUGUAUGUUAUAUUAACGGUUUUGGAGAUCGUUUGAAACUGAUAGAUGGGGCUGUCCUACCACUAUAAGAUGCCGGACAUGAUACACAUGCAGUAAGUGAAACUAAGUCAUAUAUCUGUGUUUUGUUGGCAAUGUGCUUUAGUUAUGCCCCCCAUCCCUCCAGCAUGCGUUGUAUGUUUUCGGAAAUAAUUGCACAACUGUAUCAGUCUUUUAUAAAUGUGAUCAAACUAAAGACUCUACGGAUACUUGAAGGGAUACUUUUCUGUAAAUAAUCAAGAUUAACACGAGAUAUGCAGAAACUGUCUUGAGUUAUGGCCAC